UGGUAUUUCAAUAAUAAAUGCCAUAAAAAACGUUUUCACAAAAAAACUGUUGUUUGUGUGAGCAGUGAAGCAGCGAUUGGACGCCAUUUUGGAUGCGAUAUCUUCACCAAUACUUUGAGACAAUAAAUAAAAAAAACAAAAACAAAAAAUUGUCUACAAAUUUCUUGGGAAGUGAUAUCACCACUGAUUUUAAUUAUUAAAUUCAAACCAAUCGUUGAAAAACUUCAAACAAAUUAGCGGCAAAUGAGUCGUUUCGGUGGCCAAUCAAGUCCGUGGACAUCGGGUGCACCGCCAAGCUAUGGCUAUGGCAAUCAUCAUGCACCGCCAAUGCCUCCGCAAUACGCCGCACCGCAGCCGGCUUACGGUCAGUCUGGCCCGUGGAGUAUGUCGCCGCAAAUGCGCAACACUGGCGGCGGCGGCGGUGGUUGGGGCGGUCAACCUACACCCGCUUUGCAACCAUAUCAGCAGCAACAACAACAUCAGCGACGACCGGGCGGCGGUGGUGGUGGUGGUCAACAGUUUAAUAUGAGACCCCCGAUGUCUGGCCCAACUGGUAAACGGGCAAAUCAAUGGGAUAACGGACCGCCAAAUAAGCGAUUCAACAAUAAUAAGGGUGGCCGAGGCGGUGGACAUCAUGGAGGAGGAGGCUAUUGGCGUCAAGGAGGCGGCGGUGGCCAACAAAAUAAGAACCGAAACAACAAUAAUAAUAGUAAUAAUAAUACUAAUAAUAAUAAUAACAAGAAUAACAACCGAAACAAUAGUAACAAUCGGGAAGUGAAUCGAAACAAACAACAAAUUGAUACACAACUUGAAAGACGACAACAACAUGAUUUGGCCCAAAAGUCUGCAGAAUCGUUGGAAAAUAAGGAGUAUCCGAUUGAGACACAGGUUGCCAAAGCAGGAGACGACGACAAGAAUAAGAAUUUAGACAUUGAUUCGGCACAAGAAAAAUAUUUGUUGGCUGUCUUUGGUUAUGUUUGCCAGGUUUGCAGUGUAUUCUUGAAAGACAAAACCGCUCGCUUUGAUCACUGCAAGAGUGAACAACAUUUGGAAAAGUUUAAUGCAUCAGAAGAGGAACGGAUCAACAAAGAGAAAGCAGAAUCCGAUAAGAAUCCAAAGACAGAGACUAAUGAAUCCAAUGAACAAACGACGACUAAGACUACUACUGCUACUACAGAAGCGACAGUAACUUCAGAGACGUCGCCGCCGAAGCCGGAGAUAGCUUCAGAAUUGCCAAACGGUGAGGCAAGCGAUGCAAAGACGACGACAGAACAGACGACAAGUGUCACCACCGAUAAACCAAUUGAUUUGACUGAUAAACCCAAAGAGGAGCCAAAAACAGAGGCCAUUACUACUUCAUCUACUACUCCUACAACUACUAAUCAACCGGAAGAAAUAAAAUCUGAAGAAAAGGCAAACAUUGCUGAGCCAAUCAAUGAUAAAACGGAUGAUAAAACUAGUGAAUCCAAUGCCCCAACAGGUGCUACAGUUGCCGCCACCGCCGCCGUCGCCGACAACACACCCACGGCUACCUCUGCUGCCGCCGCCGCCAACACUAAUACGGCUACCUCUGCCGUCACCGCCGCCCCUAACAGCGGCCAACCCAUACAGCCCACCACUACUCAAAACAAUCAAAAUAAUUAUUCGGGUCAGGAGUUUAACCAAAACAGAGGUCGCGGCUAUCGAGGUGGACGAGGAGGUGGAAAUCGAGGUCGCGGCGGCGGUCGUGGUCGCAAUCGCGGUCGGGGCCGCAAAUGAGUGGCCACUCUUAUUUUCCUCUAUAUAUAUAUAUCUCUCUCUCUCUCUUUAUUGGCUCUUAUAUUGAGUUUUCUCAUUUAAAAACAAUCUAAAGAUCUAAUAAUUGUUUUCAAACUGAUCGGUUGUUUUACUCAUUUAACGGUACUCUCAUAUGUGAACACAAUUUCAUUCAUAACUUUUUAAAAA